AUGGCUACGACACGGCAUGCGGUGCGGAUUGUGGAGAAGAACGUCAUUGUCAAUGGUUUGAGUUUGGUGGAAAGGGCCAAACUUGCUAAGAAUCCAACUGGGACGAAGUUGUUUCAAGUGAUGGUGAAGAAAGAAAGCAAUUUGUGUUUGGCUGCUGAUAUUGGGAUUGCGGAAGAGUUGCUUCAACUCAUGGAGAAAGUUGGACCAGAGAUAUGCAUGCAUAAAACCCAUCGAUAA